AACUGGAGUUUGUUCAAAUCAUCAUUAUAAUUGUGGUUAUAACUGUUAUGGUGGUAGUGAUCAUCUGCUUGUUGAACCAUUACAAACUCUCGACACGCUCCUUUAUCAACCGACAGAGUCAAAGCAGAAGACAGGAGGAAACUUUGCAGGCGGAAGGGUGCUUGUGGCCUUCAGAAAGCUCGGUUUCGCGCCAGGGUGCUUCAGAGAUCAUGUAUGCUCCAAGGUCCAGAGACAGGUUUACCGCCCCAUCUUUCAUGCAGCGGGACCGUUUCAGUCGCUUCCAGCCCACUUACCCUUACAUGCAGCAUGAGAUUGACCUUCCUCCAACCAUCUCCCUCUCCGACGGGGAAGAGCCACCGCCAUACCAAGGCCCGUGCACCCUGCAGCUCCGGGACCCAGAACAGCAGAUGGAGCUCAACCGGGAAUCUGUCAGGGCACCACCCAACCGAACCAUUUUUGAUAGCGACUUGAUAGACAUCUCGAUGUACAAUGGGGGCCCCUGCCCACCAAGCAGCAAUUCGGGCAUAAGUGCAACCAACUAUAGCAGUAAUGGAAGGAUGGAAGGACCACCCCCGACGUACAGCGAGGUCAUGGGGCAUUACCCAGGCUCCUCUUUUUUCCAUCACCAGCACAGCAAUGCGCCUCCUCCCUCGCAGAGGGGGAGCAGACUUCAGUUUCAGCAGAACAAUGCAGAGAGCACAAUAGUCCCCAGCAAAGGCCAAGACCGGAAACCGGGAAACCUGGUCUAAGUUACUCGCCCAGGUGCAUUUGAACUGAAGAUGAGAGAUUCAAGCAGAGCGGUGGAGGAAGACCCCCAUGCUCCGGUGCACAAUGUUGUUACGUUUCACGUGGUACAACUUAGUAAAACCAAACGUGCAAACCAGUUCUUUGUUUCUGAUUCCUUUCAGGGGAAUUGCAUGCAAAGCAGAUUGAAAGAAAUACAAACUUCCAUUCAGUUUGUCUACGAGCAGUGUUUCGGGGAGAGGGGGGGAUAUAUUAUUUUUUUUAAUAAACUAUUUCAAUUAUUUAAUUCUAAAAGUUAACUUAGCACAGAAAUGAGGCUUGCACAGCCUGUUUUAUACUCACUCAAUGGCAGAAGGAAGAAGGUGGUUCUGCUAGAUAAAUGGGGGAAGAAUUGGCCAGUUUGCUUUUUUUUUUUCCUCCCAGGGUGUGGAUUUUUUUUUAAUAUGAAACAAAAUUCCUGUUUUGUGUGCCAAGGUAUAAAGUUGAGAACUUAGAUGAAUGCAAGGAAUUAAUUUGUGUUGUGAUAAAUGUGUUUUAAAAAGUUGCACUAUCUUAAUGUUUUAAAAAAAUAUAUAUGAGGGAACUGUUUUAUGUGAAGUUCUUCUAUAUGUUGUCUUUUCACCUGUGGAAUAAGGAUAGAGCCCCAGAAGUAAUCUGGAGGAGUUUGCCCCCCUCCCCUCCCCGGGUUUGCUAGAAAAAGGGGACAGGACUUAGCCUAACAUCUCUUGACUUUUACAAAUCAAGAAAUACAGGGACACUUAACUUGUCUUGCAAUAAUUUGCAUUCAAAUAACAGUGCGUCAAUGAAGUGUCUUGGAGACUUUUGGAUGGAAGAAGGCAAAUACGAAAUCCCAGCAUUUUCCAUCACUUAGGGUUUAGCUGUUUUGCAGUGCAGACUAUUUGUUUCGUAAACAGCAAAACAAAAUCCCAGAUGUGUUAAUUUGUAUCGAUUCUAACUAAGUGCUGCCAUCCUUUUCCUUUUCGUAAUGCAGUAUCGCCAGUACUUAAUGGUUUUAGAGAUUUUUGUCCUCACUGUAGGCUGAAAUGUAUUUAGUCACAUAUCAUGACAUUAUGCAAUAAAUGGUUUAAAAAUGCAAGGUGGGUUUUUUUCCCCUGCAAUUGCUGUUAAAAUAUGUGAGACUCUGUUGUGCUUUUCGCUCUCCGUUUCAUCCUUUAGAUACUGAAGUUCAGCCCUGGAGAUCCAUCCUGUUGAAGUGAAGGGGCCUUCAUAGCUAUGACACCCCCUUCCCCACCCCCUGCCAUGUUUCCGCAGCAGUACCGAGGGCGCUGGUGGCAGUGGUGCUGGCUUCUGUGGCGCCCCGGGCAGGGAUGUGGGAGCACCCGUUGCUCUUGCCGCAAACCGUUUUGGGUAAAGGCGGCGUGCAGGCGUAUUAACUCAGUCUCUGUAAGCCCUAGUUUUGCCAUGCUGGUCUUAAGAGUAGUUGGGAGACGUUACCUGCCUGGAAAGCGGCACGUGGGGGAUUUCUUCCCCGGCUGUUUCUGCGUGGAAGCACAGGCAGCGCUGGAAGGCAGUUGACAAACGGUGGUAGUGGCCUCACAAGCACAUGAAAAAGCACAACUUGCACUUAAAAUGCAUUUUGGAAAUGGACUUAAAGUAAGAACCUUUAGAGUCUUAGCUUGAAUAGUUUCUAAUAUAUAUGUGUAUGUGUGGGUGUCAUAGACCUUUUCACUUUAAGAUCUUUCACUUUUUUUCUAUAUUUUCUUAAGCCUUGUGCUUGGUUACGGGCAGCAGCCACUGAGUGCCCUGAGCGCGCCGUGGAGGGGUACCGUGCCCAAGCGCCUGGUCCCAUGGCUGGAGGCUGGAUUUCUGCAGGACUUCUGCACCCCAGGGGCUCUGAUAACUGAAGUGCAUCUUUGAUCUAUGCAGAGUUUUAAUGCCAAAACAGUAUGCGUGUCUGCGUGUGUGUGUUUUACGAGCCUCAGUGUAGAUUAUUUUCUUCAUAAGGUUAAUUUGGUUUUAUUCUAGCUUAGAACAUGUUUGUGUAACUGUUAGUCUGAAUAUGCAGCCUCAUUUGUCUCUGUAAUUGUUUUUUUGGUCUGAGUCACGCUGGUAAUGCAGAGUAAAGCUGCCUUCUAAUGUGUGUGUUAUUUGAAGGGAGAGAGAGAGAUUGUAUGAUGGGAUUCACUUUCUUUUUUAAUUUUUCCCCCCACUCAGACUCGCGGGACGGGUGUUUAGGAGAUGACUAGGUGGCUGUCGGUCAGCUAGGGCUCUUGUCGUGUCUGGUUCCUGGGAAUAAAAGCUGUGAAAUCAGAUUUUUGCAACAACCUUUGAACAUAAUUCUUAGUUAAAAAAAAAAAAAAAAUACAGAAGACAAAACCAGAAAAUGUUGGUUUUGGUGUUCAGUGACUUUCAUUGUCCUGCAGAAGUGAGCUUUUAAGUCACAGAAUGUGUGUGCCUACACAGAUACUGUGCUGUUGCCUCAAUGAGGAUUAUUUGGCGGAGAAGCCUUUAGGCGAGAACUCAUUUGUCAUGGCAGAGCACACCUGGACUGGGCCCUGGGCCUGGACUGGUUGAGUACCAACUUUUCCCCAUGCACAGAUCUCAGCGAAGCGAGCCUUGAAGUUGCCUUCAGUGUCACCCCUUGGGAACAUGCUUUCUUCGAAGACAGCCCUUCGCCAUCUUUUGCCAUCCCUGCAUGCCAGUGGAUUUAUGCACUUCCCAUUAACGUUGUCCCGUGUGAUGCGUGCACUGUUGUCUCUUAAUUUUUCUCAACUGAGGACAUGUUUCUUUGCGUGGAAAAUGUUCCGGUUCUGUAGAAAAGAUUUGUUUAAAAAGAACUUAGUAUUUGUUCACCUAGCGGUCGCAUUUCCUCUUGCAUCUUUGCCUUCUCAUCGUGUUCUGCUGUCCAAAGCUAGCGUGUAGCCAAUAUACCUGUCAGCUCUGAAAGCGGAGUCACCUGCUGCUUGCAGUCUGCUACUCUUGUUUUGGGGCCUCUUAGAGGAGUCAGUAUUCUGUGAUGAAUAUUAGUGGUCUCCAGUGGGGGCGCUGUCAAUGGUAUAGCAUUGCAACAGUGUGUGUUUUCUCUUUCUAUUUUUUCCUUUGUUGCAGUGAGAGAGAAUAUGCCCUUGCUAACAGAACAGAAUGGUCAAAGAAGGGAUAUUAGAAUUAGAUAACAGUAUCAAUCUACAGGCUUAGAAAUCGGCAGUCUCUGAAGACAGGUAAUUCUAUGAAGCGUUCAUGGAAAACUCACUUUGAAAAUAUCCAGAAUUAAUAAACUAUUCCACAGCCACUCAAAUGAAGCUUUGUAAAUUAUAAGAGAUUUCUGCAAACACUGCAGAGUUAAUCAUGUAGAUCAUACCUUCGUACUGGCGUUCCAGUUUACGUGCAUCAUGCACAAACCCCACAUAAUAGCUGUGCAUGGAGUUUUCGAUGUGAUUGAUCAUAUUAGCCUGAAUUCUGGUUGCAUCUCCUGACCUUUGCCUAGUAACCCAUCUUCCCAAAGUUCAGUCCAGUGAUGUCCCCGCUUCAGAAAUUUUCAAAUUAAAAGAUUUGGUUUUUUAAAUGUACCUUUAAGAAAUAAAGCAUUAUGACCUCUAUCCUACCGCAAAGGAUAAUUUCUCCCUUGUGUGUUUUGGCAUGGCUCCCAUCUUGGUGCCAAGUGUGCCCCAUCUUUGAUGUUUUCCUAUGAUCUUGCAGGGCUAGAAAAGGCAGGGGGUUUAGCAACAGAGAAGAGGGUGUCUUAUCCCAGUUUCCCGAUGGAGCACUCAGCACUUGGCUCUAAUUCUGGAUGUGCAUUUAGCCUGGUUUUGGUUGGGUUCAUUUCAGUGCUGUACAAGCCGGCUCUGUGUAUGUGGCGCUGCUUACAAGAUGUGAGUGAGGGAUGUGAGGGCUCGUACCCAGUUGACGGGGCGGUGUUCAGAUCCCUUUCCUGUAGCGUGUGGCAUGUGCAGAAUUCACAGUACUUUAUCUAAUAGUUGUUCUUGUCAGGGAGGGCCUCCUUAAGCUACUCCUCGUCUUGUCACUGAUGAACUUGGCACUUAACCCAGUCUCGGUCUGAUGUGACUUUAUUACAGCAUGCUUUUUCCUUCUAAGUAUGAAAACUCAGGUGCGUGGCCCAUGUACAGGUUCCUGAUGGCUCGCGAGGAAGGUAGUUACGUUCCUGCAGUCAUGGAACCUGCGGGAACCAUGGGUCAAGCUGUGCUUCAUUUGGGUUUUUUCAUUGCUUGCCCACUUCUCCCACCAGUUUAUCUCAGCUGGAAACGGCUUCUGGUAUCCCAAAUCUCUGAAUUUUUGUGUUGCAGAAAUAGGGGGAAAAUGUCACUGAGUUGUUUUUUUAUUUUUUCCUGUGAACGUGGUUCAGGGAAGGGCAAGGAGUGAAAUGACGUUGUUUCUGGAAGAAUGCACUUUCUUUGCAAUAGGGAAGAAAGCCUUGUCCUGCUGGAGAGCCCCAUGCGCAGGCUGUCUGAAGCGGUCGUUUCUAACCCUGCCAGGCAGGGAGAUAUUGGACCUUAAAAGUGAUGCUCUGAUUUGUGAGGAAUGUUUGUAAUGGUUUGGAGAAGAUUGAUUACUAACCUUUCUCUGACUCUGAGCCCCGAAAGCUCAUGGUAACUAAGGUAGCCUGAUUUCAUAGGCAAAGAAAAGGAAAAUAGUAUGCUGGUGAAAAUAGGUAUGCGCCAAAAUUGUUCUUUGCUUUUUUUGCCCUUUUCCGCCCCCCCCCUUCUUCCCCCAGGGAUAAACAAUAGGCUUGCUGGUACCUUUGAAGGUAUUUAGGAUUAUUCACAAGUUCUCUCUGGCCAUUACCAUUAAGUCAUGCCCGUGCACAUGUGUGUGUAUACAUGCCUGCAUGCAAACUUGCACCUGUAUCCUACCCCUUAAUUAUAUAUUGGUUACUGUUCCAUAAUCUCCUUCCAGAAGUGCUAAAUGGCUAUAUAUUGUGCUCUCAGGAACGAUGACAGGUCAUUUGUCAAAACAGCUGGAGGCAUGAGGAGUAUUUGCUUUUCAGUCCUGUAAAUGUACCGGCCCUGUUUUUGUCAUCAGGGGAGUUUCUUGCUGGGCAAAUUCUUGCCCAUGACCUGGUGCGCUAGUGCAUCUUCUGUGCCACAGUGUUCUCCUUUUGGGUGAGCUUUGAAAAAAUCCUCCUGCUUUUGGGACAACCCUGAUGUGGACCUCGUACUGGCGUAGAGGAAGGAAAUUUACUUUGUGUACUCUAAAUCUCAGAAGCAUGUUUGUUCAAACCUAGCCCAUGCUGAGAACCAAGUGAUCCAUUUGUACAGGGGGGUCGUAUGAAGGCUGGCUUUUGAUUAUGUCUUUGCUUUAUAGGUAAAGUCUGUUGCAAAUAACUUAAUUACACAUAUCUGGUCUUUUCCCACACUGCGUUGCCUGCUUGCCAACCAGUGCGAUUACAACUUUUCUCCUAAACUAGCCCCAAGUGCAUCAAUUGUUGAAAUCCCUGGGAAGAGGCACUCUUACUGGAUUGCCUGAGACCUGCUGAGGUUUUUUUAGAGCAUGGAGAAGUCCCUUGUGAGGACAUCUUGAACUUACAGAGGUUUCCUAUCUGAAUGCUCUGUUCUGCUUGUUUCAUUAGGAAAUUGAAGUUUAAAGUUUUGAGAGUGGCCCAGUGGAAAAUGUUGGUUGGUAAGAUUAUUUUUUUUUUUUUUUAAUACUUAAUAUAUUGUUUGCCAGUCUGUGCUCAUUAAUCAGGGGUGUAAAUUACCUUUUGACCCACCUCCGAUUGCCAUUGCUAUGCUGGCAAAAGCCCCAUUGGGCACGCUUGCACCAGCAAGAGAGAGUCAUUUUCUUGGUACGGCUCCUCCUGGGGAAUUAGCAGAAGCUGCCCCACUGAGUUCAGCCUCCAAAACCAACAUCAGAGCUGCGCUGCCUCUUCCCAGCAAACUCAAGCGUAGGUGGUGGCGCAGUUUCGAUCAGGUGCUCUGCUCCGCUAGCAAGUACCACAGACAGGCUGGUGGAGGAGUCUACUGGUGUCUCCUUGAAAUCACAACUAUUUGCAUGAAAUAUAUUUCCGGGCCGCUAACGCUGGCUUUGUAACCGCUCACGACAUUUCUUCUUCUUCGAGAGGGAAAAACCAAGCCCGAUGUUGUACUGAGAAGUGUUGCAGACUCUCCUGGCUCUUACUUCUGCCUCGCUGUCGUCUCUUCCGUUUUUAGACUGAACACGGGCAACCCGGUAGAGCUAGCAUCGCUUUCCUGCUCUAAAAGAGCUGACCUUUUUAUGUUGGUUAACAAUAAAGAAGCAAACUCGACGCCGAGAGAUACUUCCCCCUUCCCUCCGACAGCCGUGUGAUUUACUGCCAGAGCUGGCUCUGCCAGUCCUUUGCUGUAUCGCUGCUGCUGCUGCUUGCUGCUGUUUUCCAUGGUUUGGUGCGUGAGCUUUCUGGAACAACGUGGUGUGUGUAGGAUCUCGUGGGUGACGAAGCUGUCUCUCUUAUUCUUCCCUUCUCUCCUUGGUUUGUGCUUGUCUGUCCGCCGUGGUAGGUUUAUUAAUAAAUUAUAUACGUCCGUAUUAGGUAUAAUUUUGAGGAGGUUUGCAUGUCGGUAGUUUGUAAGCAACUAAGGUGCCUCAUGUUCAGGUCUGAGCAGAUAGGAAUCCCCUUGCACUCAAGAGGGCCUGAUCCAAAGCCUGGUGAGGUUGGUAGGAAGGCUCUUGCCGACUUAGGGGGCUUUGGAUCAGGCCUUACGCUCCCACCUUUGUUGUGCCUCACUUAAAAUGGUGCUUUUUCAGUUGUCUGUCUUUUUUUCUGUUGGUUUUUUUUUUUUUUUCUUUGUAUGGUGCUGUGUAUAACUUGAAUAUAUUAUGCACAUAUCCUACCCAAUGGGUAGAACAAACAAACAUACAAAAACGAAUAGAUGUUGUUAAUACUGUAAGAUAAUGUAUAGAUGAUACCAAUUUUAACACAAAAAAAAAAAAAAAAAGAUGGCAUAGACUUU